GGGAGUUGUAGUUUUGUUGUGCUGAGGAGGGGGGCUCUCUCGGCGGCCAUUAGCUGAGUGCGCGCUGGGCUGGCUGAGAGCGGCUGGGUCGGAGCCUUCGCCUCCCCUUUGCACCCGGGGGUGGAGCUGCAAUGGCGGCCCGCGCGGCUUAGCCCCGCUCCCCUUCCCCCCCAGCUCCGGGAACCGCGGAAGCGGGCGCGGCCUAGUCGAGCGGGCGGAUCCCCGGGCUCGCGUAGCGGCCGCUGCCGCCCAGGGCUGCCCCUCGGCCGGCCGCGGGGCGGGGGCCAUGUCCCUGGUGGCCUAUGGCAGCAGUGAGGAGGAGAGCGAUGCGGAGGAGGCCUCCGGCGAGGAAGAGGAGGCCCCCCCCGUCCCGCCCCCCCCGGGCAGGGGGCUCUUCUCUGCCCUGCCCCCUCCCAAGCUCCCCCUGCUGCCCCCCCACCAGCUUCUGGGCUCCGGCUUCCCCCUGCUGCCCCCGCCCCACGGGGGGCCACCCCCUCCCUUCCUGCUGGGGCCCCCUCCCUCAGUCAGGGGCUUCAGCACCCCCCCUCCGGGGAUGAGCCCGGCCCAGGCCUCUGCUCUGGGGCUGGGCCUGCCUGAGCCAGCAGCCUUGGGGAGCCUGGCGGGGGAGCAGCCCAGGCUUGGGGGGCUCCCCCUGCCCCCGCCCAGGGACCCCGCUGGACUGAAUCUCCCCCCUCCCGCUGUGGCCUCCGCUGCUCCCCCCGGGGCUGGGGCCGGCUCCGGCCUCCCCAAGCCGAAGAAGAGGAUUGCGGCGCCCGAGCUGCACAAGGGGGAUUCGGAUUCAGAGGAAGAUGAACCAGCAAAGAAGAAAAACUCUCUUCAGGGACUCAGCGAGGGCUCUGGCUUGUCUGCUUUGCUUCCUCAACCCAAAAACUUGAUGGUGAAAGAGACAAACCGGUUGCUUUUGCCCUAUGCUUUCUCAAGGAAAGCGGCAGAAAAUGCCUCUGAGUCGAAACCAGCUAAGGCUCCAACCUCCUCCUCCAAGCCAAAACCUCUGUCCAAGCCAGCAGUGGCCACGACUCCUUCGCCAUCUGCUAUCAAGGCAGCUGCCAAGAGUGCUGCCCUACAGGUGACCAAGCAGAUCACCCAGGAAGAGGAUGACAGUGAUGAAGAGCUACAGCCAGAGAACUUCUUUUCUUUGUCUGACAAAAGUGAGCCCAGCGUGGUCAGCACGGAGACGUACGUGUAUUCCGGCACCGUGGUGACAGAGGAUCUGCCCCCUGGGACGGAGCCAGAGCCUGAAUUCCAGGAUGCUGCUGCUAAUGCCCCUCUGGAGUUCAAGACGGCUGCGGGUUCAAGUACCACUCAGCACAGCUGGGCCCCCAAACCUGGAGAAGACUAUGGCAACCAGCCAUUUAACCAGUUCCCUGGCUACAGCGAUGCCAGUGUCCCGGGGGCAUACUACCAGGAUUACUACCCCAGUGGCUAUUACCCAGAGAUGGAUCCAGCCCUAGGACCAGCACAGGAGAUGGGCACCGAUUCGUCCUUCAUGGAUGAUGAAGCGGGCUCAGCAGCUUCACCUCAAAUUCCAUUUGAAAUGUACCACAGAUUGCUGCUGCUCUCCAGAAACUGCAGCAAAGCUGGCAUCUGGAAUCAAAUGAUGCUGCAGAAAGCACUGGCUGUUGUGUGCAAUUCCCUUCCAGCAGCCUCAGCUCAUUUCAUAUGCCACCACCCUGCGGUGUUGCUUUGGAUACCUGUUCAGUUGUUUAAGUUCAAGCGUCUCCAAGGUAAACGGAACCGUGGGAGGGAGGAGAUCAACUUUGUGGAGAUCAAAGGGGAUGAUCAGCUGAGUGGAGCCCAGCAAUGGAUGACCAAAUCCUUAACAGAGGAGAAGACCAUGAAAUCUUUCAGCAAGAAAAAAGGAGAGCAGCCUACAGGACAGCAGAGAAGAAAACACCAGAUCACGUACCUGAUCCACCAGGCGAAGGAGCGAGAGUUGGAACUGAAAAACACAUGGUCCGAAAACAAACUCAGUCGGCGUCAGACCCAAGCCAAAUAUGGAUUUUAGCACCUCUCCUAUUCUGUGGGCAUUAGCCCAGGUGACCUACCAUGUCAGACUCCUCCUGGCCUACCAGGAAUUGAGGAGGCCCCUGGAUCUAACUGUGUGGGUGGGAGGAUACAGCACUCCCCUGUCUGUGAAGAGAAGGGUUAAAUACUAACCAUUUCUGAAACCCACGCUGUAAUUUUUUUAAUGAUAAUGUAGAAGGCUCAAAUCAAGUCUGGUUCGUGCAGCUGGGGACUCUAGCACCGGACAGCCACAGGCUUGUCCAAAGAGGACAUGACUGGUACAAGGUUUUGAGCUCUCAUCCUGUAGGUGUACAGACUACCAAUUUUUUUCUUUAGUCACCAGAACCUUAGGUAGAGUCUCAAUAAAUUUCCAAGUCCAACACUGCUCCUUUCUUUGGA